UGCCACACGGCAGGGCCACCGAAAUCGAGUCUCGCGGGUUGUAUUUAUUAAUUUUACGGUUUCAGGUGCGUUUCUGUUAGUUCCACUAUGACGUCGAAACUGGAGAUAAAUUUCCGCACGCUCAUUAGCCAGUGCGAGGGGAUUGUGAGGGAGGAUUCGCAAGAUUGGCGGUUGAAGAAAUACAUCCGCUCGCUGGACACGAUGCUGCUGGAGCUCGAGGAACAAUCCGACAAAUCUGAAACGAGCCAGAUAGAGGAAUAUCAAGCGCGAUGUGCCGCCUUGAAACAAUCGGCAAACUACGUGGAACCCUCGGCCGAGGAGAAGCAGCGCCUGAAAACGAAACCCCGCGCGACCGAUCCCGUUGGGGACGAUAUGAUGCGUGAGGUGCGUCAGGUUCACAACGAGAAGUACCAGAAGGAGCUACGCAGCGAGCUGUUCAACGGGAACUUUUCCACGAUUAGGAGACGUGCCGGCCAGAAGGUGGCCGAAAAUCUGGAACAAACCGUGAAACAGUAUUCGGCUGAUCAGGAGCGGCUUGCGGAGGAUAUGCUACUGCUAACGAAAACGCUGAAAGACCAAACGGAAACUGCCAACAAAAUAAUCAAAAAAGACACCGAAAUAUUAUCUAAAUCGGCCAAACUCACGGACAAAAACGCUGCCUCGCUAGCGACCCAGUCCGGAAAGCUGCAGGAACAUUCGAGAAAGGCCUGCAAAUGUUGGCUGUGGAUGAUCAUUGGUCUCGUCAUGAUGGUGUUCAUCGGCAUGGUUAUGUUAAUGAAGAUUUUGAAAAAGAAGGUGUAGUAAGAAGGGCGAUCUGGUGUGAACGAGGAAGUUCAAGCUUUGGUCCAUGAUGAUAAGAUAUCGUACGGGUGGUCGUGAUAAAGAUGCAGUCAUUGAUUGUGGUGCGCGCAAUGUGUCUCUCGCUCUCUGCGUCCUUUUUUUUUUGUUAAUUUAUGCCCAGAACACACCGAACGCACCUUGCCUUGUACAGUUUCUUUCUGUUACCGAUAAACCGAGAACCAAUGAAACCACAUUCCAACCCGCACCCAAGGGGACACUUUUGCUUUGGUUUGUGUG